CUCAUCCAAAUAACUCUCACUCUCUCUCCCCCUUGUCAUUCGAAAAAUAUCCGUUUCUUUUCUCUUAAAAAAAACCUCGUAACGAUGGCGCCAAAAGCCGAGAAGAAGCCGGCCGAGAAGAAACCAUCCGCCGAGAAAGCCCCGGCUGAGAAGAAGCCAAAAGCGGGCAAGAAGCUUCCCAAAGAAGCUGGGGCCGCGGCCGGAGACAAGAAGAAAAAGAGAACAAAGAAAAGCGUCGAAACCUACAAGAUCUACAUCUUUAAGGUUUUGAAGCAAGUUCAUCCUGAUAUUGGAAUCUCUAGCAAAGCCAUGAGUAUCAUGAACAGCUUUAUCAAUGAUAUUUUUGAGAAGCUUGCACAAGAAUCUUCUAAACUUGCAAGGUACAACAAGAAGCCGACCAUUACUUCUCGCGAGAUUCAGACUGCUGUGAGACUUGUUCUUCCUGGUGAAUUGGCCAAGCACGCUGUAUCUGAGGGUACAAAGGCUGUUACCAAGUUCACUAGCUCUUAAGAGGUUUGAUUUGAUGUAUUAGGGUUUGAGGUUUCGUUGGAAUGGACAUGCAUUUGGAAUUGAAAUUGGUGUUGGAUUUUGAUUGGAGGUUAUGCAAUUAGGGUAGUAUUUUAGUUUUGUCAAUUUAUCAUGUUUGUGUAUUUAGAUCUGUAGGUUUUAAAUACUUCUGGGUCUGUAUUCUCUCGAUGCAGCUAUGAAAUGUAAUAUGAAUUCUAUUGUUGAUUAUUGUGAAUUUAUUUUGUUUUGAGAGGAGUAUAA